AUGCCGUCCUUCGCUAUUGGCGCCAAAGCGCCCAACAGCAAUGCUGUUGCGGCUCGCGAAGAAGCACCUCAAUUCGAGAAAGUCAACUGGCGCAAGGAACCUAACAUGCGCAAGCUAUACUUCUGGGCUUGCGUUCUUUGCGUUGCUUCAGCCACAACUGGUUACGAUGGUAUGAUGUUGAACUCGUCGCAGCAAAUGGAGCGAUGGGCCAAUUACUUUGACAAGCCGGACGACAAUCGCUUGGGCAUCAUGAACAAUGCGUACAACAUUGGUUCCAUCGCGAGUUUCUUCAUCGUACCUUUCGUCGCUGAAUGGUGGGGUCGCAAAGUUCCCAUCGCUAUCGGCUGCGUCAUCAUGAUCGCUGGUGCUCUCGUCUCAACUUUCUCUACGAAUUGGAAGAUCUAUUUGGCUGGUCGACUCAUUCUCGGUUUCGGCAACAGUUUCGCGCAGAUGUGCUCGCCCAUUCUCCUCACUGAGAUCUGUCACCCGCAGCAUCGCGGCAGGUUCACGGCUAUCUACAAUUGUCUGUGGAACUUGGGAGCUGUCUUCGUCGCCUGGGUUGCUUGGGGCACUUCCCAGGCUGACAAUGAGUGGUCUUGGAGGUCCAUCACCCUUCUUCAGGGCCUACCUUCGCUCAUUCAGUUGUCCCUCAUCUGGUGGGUUCCAGAAUCACCUAGAUGGCUCAUCUCCAAAGAGCGCUACGAAGAGGCUCUGAGCAUGCUUGCAUACUACCACGCCAACGGCAACCAGAAUGACGCAACUGUGCAAUUCGAAUACCAAGAGAUGAAAGAGACCAUCAGGAUGGAGGUGGAUGCGUCCAAGAACUCCAGCUACCUUGACUUUAUCAAGACUCGCGGCAACCGCUGGAGGUUGGCCAUCUUGAUCUCCCUUGGUAUCAUCUCACAGUACAGCGGCAACGCUCUUUUCUCCAACUACAUCAACCUUGUCUACGAGGGUGCUGGUAUCACGAGCCAGAGCCAGAAGAUGGGUCUCACUGGCGGUGAACGAAUUCUGCAACUUGGUGUCUCCGUCUACGCUGCUACCCUCAUUGAUAAAGUUGGUCGCCGAAAGCUCUUCUUGAUUGCGACUUCUGGCAUGGUCAUCAACUUCAUUUGCUGGACUAUUACGAGCGCCAUAUACGAGAACUCCAACGAGCUGAACGCAGGCGCCGGCUACGCGCAAAUCCCCUUUAUCUGGGUCUUUGGCGUUUUCUACUCGCUCGCCUGGUCUGGUCUGCUCGUCGCCUACGCCCUGGAGAUCCUGCCUUACCGUCUACGUGGCAAGGGUCUGAUGAUCAUGAACAUCACGGUCCAGGCUAUCCUUGCUGUGGGCGGUCAGACAAACCCUGUUGCAUGGAAGAGGCUGCCGCACCACUGGAACCUUGCACUAUUCUACACUCUCUGGAUCUGCGUCGAGCUUGUCUGGGUGUACUUCGUAUACCCUGAGACUAAGGGACCGACGCUUGAGGAGAUUGGCAGGAUCUUCGACGGCGAUUCCGCUGUUGCUCACAUUGAUAUGAAGGAGGUGGAGAGGGAGAUUGAGGAGCGCGACGUCUUGGAUGAGAAGGUGCCUCAGGUCGCUGAGAAGCGUGUCUGA